ACACAUUGAUCGACACUCUCUCGACGAGGGUAAGCUUUCCCCUGCCGGUCCCUCUAAUUUGCGCUACCAACCAAAACCACGGCGAUCCUGAUUGCUCGGAUUCCAUGCUUAUGCUGACCCUGUCUGCGCAAAUAGGCAUCAAGCUGCUCCUUCAUCUGUAGCAUUUCCAUUUCCUGUUGCCUCACAUACUGCAUCCUCCAUCAUGGUCGACUACGCCCCAUACACGCCUGGCAUGGCCCACGACUUCGAGCUCUACUCUCACUCUCAGGAACAGCACAUUGACUACCAACAAAGUCAACCCUUCAUGCCCGUCUCAACAUUUGGUAUGGAUCACACCUUCACUGCACCCUUUGACCACAUGGCUCCUCUUGCAGACGCUCCAAGACUGCAAGACCUUCAGUUCCACUACGACGCCAUCGCGCAAGGUGUCAAACCAUCAUACCAGUACCAGACACCAGCAGGAUCUCCCCACUCAAUAUCAAACUCUUUUCAUGAGAUGCCGCCUGUCUUGUCAGCGUCAUCAGAAUCUGGCGCUUCAGUAUCUUCAUCUGCCGUAGGCUCUCCAUCACUUGUACCCCAAUUCACCGAGCCAUGGAACCCCAUGCCUAUGGGGGGACUCACAUCUGGUUUUGAGUACUCAGGCAUGGUAGCAAACGACAAGUCGUAUGUGGGUAAGUCACUGGUUUCUUCCAUAGCCGUUUCUUCCUUUUCUUCUUCUUCUGUCCCAUCUCCAAACCCCAAGCAAAAUGUCUUCAAAACGCCUGUCACUCCAGCCUCGGCGACUCGGUCUACUGUGAGGUCGAACUCUUUUCUUUGUCACAAAACCUAUCCACGCAACUCUCCGCCAGUCCGUUUUUCUUCUGUUACAUCAGUGCCACAUUUUUCUCAAUUCUCUCCAUCUUCAGAUCCUAAUCUCAUUCAGCCUUUUGCAUUCGCUCCUCAGAGCCCUUAUCCUGAGAUCAGGACCACACCCUCUCCUUACUUCCCAGUCAUUGAGCAACCACCAUCCCCAGCCCUGUCGCAGUUCUCUUCAUAUAGCCAGCGACCAGGCUCCGCACGGAUCAAGAAGUCCAGCGCUAGCCCAUACCUUCACACCCAACAAUACCAACCCUACCCCAAGUACAAUGGCCAACGGCGAAGCUCAGUCAACUCCCUCCACUCACAAAACUCUGGCACAAGCCGCAAGAGCUCUAGCAGCUACAAUAUAGAUGACGAGACACGGGAAAAGGGCAUGUGCCCACUCCCAGAGUGCGGACGUGUUUUCAAGGAUCUCAAGGCACACAUGCUCACUCACCAAAACGAGAGGCCCGAAAAGUGCCCAAUUACCACCUGCGAGUACUACGUCAAGGGCUUCGCAAGGAAGUAUGACAAGAACCGACACACUCUCACCCACUACAAGGGCACCAUGGUCUGUGGUUUUUGUCCAGGCAGUGGUUCAGCGGCUGAGAAGUCGUUUAACCGCGCCGAUGUCUUCAAGAGGCAUCUCACAUCAGUUCAUGGCGUUGAGCAAAACCCUCCUAAUAGCCGCAAGAAGAGCUCCGCAAGCCGCAAGUCAUUUGGCAGUUCGCAGCCCAGCGUUGCCGGUACCUGCUCCACUUGUUCAGUAACAUUUGCCAACGCGCAAGAGUUCUAUGAGCACUUGGACGAUUGCGUGCUGCGCGUCGUGCAGCAAACCGACCCCGCAGAAGCCAUCAACCAGCGUCUCCUCACCUCUGUUGCAGAGGACAAGAACGUCACUGAGACGCUGGACCGAAAUGGCCUGUCUAAGAGCAUCGAGUACACGAUCCCCAAGUAUGAGGACGAUGAUGAGGACGACUUCGAAGAGGAGGAGGUAGACAACGAUGACCAAGAUGAUGCUACUUGGGGCAGCCGUCACACCCGCUCAGGCAGAGGCGGCAUCAAGUCUACCAAAUCGCAUUGACAAUCAACACAUCCCCGAGGUGUCGGCGCAACGCAGCACGUCGGGGGUGGCAACCCAACCCAACAUGUUUCUUCUGCGCGCGUCACCAAGUCUAGCCCGCG